UAAUGUAAAGUUAUAGUCUAGUACGUAAUAGUUUGUAUGUGCAUAUGUACAUACAGCAUUUACUACGCGUUGGUGACAACCUUGAGCUCGUUGUGGGUGCCUGCUGUCUGGUCUUUGCAGAAAAUUGUUUAUCUUCCAGUGUUGUUACAUCUCCUACUAGUUCCUGUACUUGUGGUUAGUCUUGCUUAUCAUGUGUGUUGGUUUGAGAUGAGUAGCAAUGACGGCAAGAAGACUCGAAGUUUUCGCAGCCUCAGUUUCAGGAGCUCCAAAAACAAGAAGAAGAAGUCUUCUAGUGACACAGUAGAUGGCUCAACAGCACCACAGCAUUAUCGACACUCUGUAUCAGAGUUCACCAACAACAACAAUUUCACCAGCAAGUCGACCCCUGUAUGCACAGUUAUUGCCACUCACUCGUUCACAGCAAUUCUGCCCUGCGACCUGUCCUUUAACCAGGGUGAUCGCAUUGACGUCCUGACAAGGACUAAUACUUGCUUUGAUUGGUGGGAAGGCCGGAUGAAUGGACGAAUUGGAAUCUUCCCUGCAAAUUAUGUCAAGGUUUUGGAUUAAUCUUAGGAACAAGGGGAUAUUUGAAGACAAGAAUGCAAAGACUCAGUACACAUACUAAGCGGACAGUGAUUUAUUGAAAUUUGCUUACUAAGCUGAAAUACAUAUCAAAAUGUCACAAAUACCAAAAGUGUACUUCAUCUUUUGGUAGCUAUAUGUAACCUGAAUCUAGUCAGCCAAUACUUUACAUCAGCCAAUGAAAUUGGUUGAUCAAUGUCAGUUAUAGAUAAAGGAGUUUUGUUUGUUAUUAUGUAGGCAUGACUGAUAAACUUCAAAAGCUCCCAUCAGUUAUUGUAAGGCCACUUUGAGUCUAAAUAUUCUGAUAGUGUAAAGUUUUAUGAAAUGGGUGGGCCUAAACAGAAAGUGACACACUGCUGAAGGUUAGAGUGAGAUAGAGUUGUUCAUUUUUGUCUCCAUCCUUCCCAUGAUGCUUUGCCAUGAUUGUGGUUGUCAUGGUAUCCGUUGAACGGAUGAUUGUAUUGUUUGCCAAUUUUCUUGUUUUCUUUUGACUGAGUCAUGCUGCCUUUCCAUGCUGGUGUGGGAAGACAAAUUGUCAAAAAUUGAAAUUUACCAAAUCUGCUUCCAGAGAAUUGAAGUGAUAAUUGAUGUAAGAUUGGAACUUCUCAUUAUAACAAUGUUUGCAAUGAGCCACCUGACUACAUAUAUGCAACUGAAUUUUAAUGAAAGCAUAGCACCCUCAAAACCUACAAGAAACUUCACCCCUUUGUUGGUAAUAUUAUGGUAAAGAUGUUACUACAGUAGCCCUGUCAAAGUCUCUCCCAUCAUUUUAUCUAGCUGUUGCAGAUGAGUUACCAGUUUGGUCACAGUUCCUUUCACAAGACAAAUCACAAGUAACCUGAUAAACGAUGACAAGAGAGUGCUUUUGUCACAGCUUGAUAGUUUGUGAAACUGGAUAACUUAUGACAGACUUACUACAAUGCUGUCUUGUUAGUACAACCCAAUCUGGGAAAUGGCCAGAAGCAUUCAAAUGACAACUGACACGUGUGAAUAGAAAGAUAAAAAGCAUCUAACACGAGUGACAGAUUAUAAUUUUCAAAAGUGCCCCAAAACAAACCACUUGGAUGCCUGUUUUUUAAGUGUAUGGUGGUUUAUAAUUAAAUCUAACAGUACAUCUCUAUUGCUCAAACAAUCAGCACCAUAUUAUUGGAUACACGGCUCCGACGACAUCCUCAUGAAGUAAGAGUAUUACAGUAUGCAUUUGUUUAUGUUAUUCAAUGUCUCAUGUAUGAGCAGAUACUAAGAUCUUUUCCUCAAAGUCAGUACAAGUAUUUGUUACAACACCACAAAAAGCAAUGAGGAAAGCUUCACUGACGUAUCAGGCUGUUAGCAACAUGUACUGUACUAGACCACUGAAUAUU